UAUCGAUACAGGUGAUCACCAUUACAAUUCGAACAAUUCCAUCCUUUUUUCAUUUCUUUCUCUUUACCGAUGCAAUAGUGACCAACGUGAGUGGUAGAAGAUACAAGGUUCCAUAUUGGAAAGGGAUAUUGUGAUGGAAAGGUACUGAAACGAAGUUAAAUUCACUUUUGGAACCUGAAAUUGUUCUGUAGCUGUAGCCCCCCCAACAAUGCUAACCGGAGCAGAAUUCGUGCUUUCACCAGUUGGCGUGACGAAAAUCGUUUCAUUACUCUGCAUGAUCAUUGCCGGUAUGAUCUUCAUUACCACAGGGGAUUGCAAUGAGUCCACAUUCUGGGCGGCAACGUAUAUUACUGUUACAACUGCGAGUGCCGUGCUUACGAUGAUAUCCUACUCCAGUUACGCUUUAAAUUUGGUCAAAGCAGAAGCAGCACUCAAAAAGCAGCACAUAAUAGUGCUAGCGUUAUCUUAUGUCGUUUUCUUCAUUCUUCUUAUUAUCUCGAUCAUUACUAUGACCCAGUGUUCCCGUUCGCUGCAGACCAUUCAAAAAGUCCCUGAACCCCUUACCAUAUUAGCCGCUGUGCUACUGGCGAUCAGUGGGACGAUCUUAUUCCUUCACUGGCGAGCGACGGUAUCGCCAGAUGAAUUGCGAUACUCUUCCAGGGCUGAAGUCUGUAGGGUCAUUAACGAUUCGGAAGCCAGCUGUCCACAACCACCCCGAAAAUCCGUUGCGGUGUAAAAUGUGUUUGUGCAUUUUAUUACAGAACAUUCGCCAUCAUUCAUCUGCAUCCAUCGAAAUCAAAUAACAUUAACCAGAAGCGUAAA